CUGCCGAAGAGAGACACGCGGUGGUAAUUUCUCCCAAUAAAAGGGGCGUCCCCUAGGUUUUUCUUUUGCAUCUCAAACCAAUUUUCUCAUCAUCAUCGCCAUUUCUAAAAAUUUCUUCAAUUUCAGUCGCCAUUUUUCUCUCUCUUUCGAUCCUUCUUUCUCUCUCUCUAACCCUAAUCUCUGUUCUUCCAUUUUGAGUGGUUCAAUUUAGAUCUCCCCUUCAAAUUUCUGGCGUUGAUUUAGCCUAGUGGCUGAGUUUGGGGGAAUUUCCAUUUUGGAGUUUUCAAUUUUGUGUUUGGUGAAAGGAAAUUGAUUGAUUGAUUGAUUAUCGAUCGGUUUCAUUUGGUUUCCUUCUCGUUGAAUUGGGGAAUUUCCCGAUUAGGGUUUCUGGUUCGUGAUAUGUGAAAAAGGAGUUUCUUUGUGCGAGGAUGCCAGCUACAGAUUAUCAGGGUUCGUCGGCUUCUUUUACCAACAUUGGCCGCCCGGUUCAGAGUAUUCGCCGAGAUCAGCUUUACGCUAUGGAUGGUUCUCCGACGUCUCACGAGCAGGAUCUUGAUUCCUUUCAGAGACAAGUUGCUGACCGGUUUUUGGACCUUGCAUCCGUCGGUCCUGAGGAGUUGCUUUCCCUAUCAUGGGUUCUGAAGCUUUUGAAUUCCUUCUUGUGCUGUCAGGAGGAGUUUAAACUCGUUCUCAUCAGCCAUAAAUCUCAAAUCUCUAGACCCCCUUUGGAUCGUUUGGUUGCUGAUUAUUCGGAGAGAAGCGUUAAGGCGCUUGAUGUGUGUAAUGCGAUUCGUGAUGGGAUUGAGCAGCUCCGGCAAUGGCAGAAGCUUUUGGAGAUUGUUCUUAGUGCGUUGGAUAAUUGUAAUCAUCAGAAGCCUCUUGGAGAGGGUCAAUUUCGUCGUGCCAAGAAGGCACUCAUUGAUUUGGCUAUUUGUAUGUUGGAUGAGAAAGAUUCGCAUACCUCUGCUCUUGCCCAUCGCAACCGUUCUUUCGGACGGAACAAUGCCUCGAAGGAUCCACGGUCAUUGGGUCACUUUCGAUCGCUCUCGUGGAGUGUUUCACGAUCGUGGUCGGCGGCGAGACAGCUGCAAUCGAUUGGUAACAAUUUAACGGCCCCUAAAGCGACUGAGCUUUUGACUACAAAUGGGCUUGCAGUUCCUAUCUUUACCAUGAACAUGGUGUUAUUGUUUGUAAUGUGGGCGCUGGUGGCGGCUAUUCCUUGCCAGGAUCGAGGCUUGCAGGUUCAUUUCUCUUUGCCUCGAACUUUCCCAUGGGCGGCUUCAAUCCUUCAACUUCAUGAUCGAAUUGUGGAGGAGUCCAAGAAGCGAGAUCGAAGAAAUUCCUGUGGGCUGUUAAAGGAGAUUAAUCAGAUUGAAAAGUGCACGCGUCUCUUGAAUGAUUUUGCAGAUUCAGCUCAGUUCCCAUUGGCAGAGGAGAAAGAAGCAGAGCUGAGACAGAGAGUGCAAGAGCUAACCACAGUUUGUGAUACUCUGAAGACUGGAUUGGACUCACUGGAGCGGCUGGUGAGAGAAGUUUUUCACAGGAUUGUUCGUAGCAGGACUGAAGGGCUUGACUCUUUGGGACGAGCGAAUCACUCUGAAUAGAAUUGUUGGAGUUUCAGAUCAUGUUCUACUUUGGUUUUCAUGGUUUCUUCUAGGAAUAAGAGAGAACAGAGGAUGAAAAAUAUGAAGACGAGAGUGUCAGUUACUAAAUGCCGCUCCAUAGGGUGGGAGAAUCUAUCUUGUGCACCAUUCUGGUCUGUGGCUUCAAGGAAGAAGGAUAUGGUGGUCCAGGUUUUACACUUUGAAGUGACUGUCAUGUUCCUUGUUCUGUGAUCGUAAAAAAUUGUUACCGACAGAAUUGAAGGAUCUGCAAAGUUCGAGGAAUGCUGACCCUUGAAGGAAAGAGAGAGAGUUUGACAACUUGGUCAGCAUAAUGAGUGGCAUCUCUGCCGGGUUUGACUGUCUCCUUUCUCCACAACACUUUUUUUACAGUGCUAAUCAUAAAGUUAACUCCAUACAUUGCACCGAGAGUCUGAGACUAAAGAGUUUUUAGUGGCUUUGUUUGCCAUCAAGGAUGAGGUAAGGCCUUGUCUGCACACUACAGUUGGUAGUUGAAAUUCAUGUUUUUGUUCUUUUGUUGGGAUCAUGAAAGGCUGAUUUUCCAUUCCUUGUUUGGUUCUCCUGCUUUAGUCAUGACGAUUCUCUGUUUUGUUUAAGCAUAACCCUCUUGGAUUGAUUUCACUUCUUCCAUCUCUUUUCAGUCUCUCAAAAUAUUUUGGCCCCAUUUGGUAAUCAUUUGAACUUUAGUUUUUAGUUUUCUAAAAUUAAACUUAUAAACACCUCUUCCACCUCUAAAUUUCAAUUUCUUGUUUUGUUAUCUAUCUUACUAAUGUUUUCAAAAAUCAAGCCAAACUUUGAAAACUAAAAACUAAGUAGUUUUUAAAAACUUGUUUUUGUUUUUGAAAUUUGGCUAGGAAUUCAACUUUUGUACAUCAUUGUAAGAAAAUAAGAUGAAAUAGGCUUAAUUUUCAAAAAUCAAAAACAAAAAACGAAAUAGUUACCAAACGGGACCUUUGUGUUUCUGUCUUUGCCUUGUUGUGCUUUGUGUUCCUAGUAUGUAUUGUGUGUACUGUAUUUAUUCAUUUGAUUUUUGUUGGUAUUGGUCUUUGUAGUAUGAUCUUUCUUGAUGAACCUCUUUUGAAAGAGUCAUAAAAAUUUAUCAAAUUCCACCAAGGAACCUCCUCUUGUAGAGUUUGACUUCUGUGCACUAUAUCUAAAAGUAAAACCUUCAUCCGUUUUCUGUUGUUGUGCUGGUUGUUGGAAUAUAUAAUUGUUCUCGACUAUUCCUUUUGAGAAAUUCAACAUUAUAUGGAAUUCCACCUAUGAUUGGGGUCCUUCCCUAGUCCAUCCUCUGGUAGAGUUUUGACUUCUACCAUACACUGUAAUCUAAACUUCACCCAAUUUUUCUUAGUGUUGGUUUUUGUGGUAUGGCUUUUCUGUAGGAUGAUCUCUUCUGAUAAAAGUUGACAUUGUUUUGAAUCCCACUUAGGUCGCUCAAUUUUGUAGAGUUUGGCAUCUUGGGAAUUCUGGUUUCUUCUUGUCCUUCUUGAUUCUAUCCUUUAGGGCAUCCCUUACUAUUCUAUCCACAGUUGAUGAACUGGCUUGGGGCCUACAAAUCAUGAGACAGGGUCCCAUUCUUCAUAAUCUUUGAUGUUAACUCUCUCUUUUCUAUUAACCAUUAGUUCAUGAUAUUCUUUUCAUGACAAAGGAAAGUAGAGCACCCACCAAAAAUCAAUAUCCUUCAGCAUGACAAGACACCUGUGAUUUUAUGUUCACAAAUUCGACCAUUCAUUCAGAAUCUUGAAAGAUUCUUAGACCCAGAAUUUAAUGAACUUUGUAUGUAUCACGAGCCUACGGUUCCAACGUUUCACCAUGGUGACCUACAAUAAGUUCUCGCCAAUAAUCACGAACCAAAACGACCCCGUGAAUGAAAUAAUGCUGAACGAUGGGACUGAAUCACAAUCUAAGUUUCCUCCAUAAAUAUUUGACUGGAUUUUCCAACUUAAAUGAUAUUCAGCCAUAUACAAAUAGCAUCUCCAUGGAUGAAGAUAUAAUGGAGAUUUGACCCUAGAGGAAAUAAAGUGGCCAUUUUAGCAGGUUGGGAAAAGAUUGAGAAUAAUAUUGGACUAGUGAUUUUAUUAUCAUUUCAUUUAUUUUUAUGAGUAAUUGAGUGUUGUAACUUUAUAAAUAAUUUUCUUCAUGAAUUUGAAUAAUUAAAAAGUAGUAUGCGUUGGAAAAUAUGGCCCCAAAAGAGUCUAUCUUAGUACUAAAAGUAAUCGAUGAACUAUCAAAAGGGGUCUAGUCAUAUAUUUAAUUUAAACCUUCUACUUUAUAAAAUAUUCUUUGCUUUUAGAUUAUUAUUCGUUGGCUUAGAACUAGAAAAAUCUCAUGUUAUAUUCCAUUCGUGAGGAACGGGAGAAAUUAACCCGAAAUCAACUCAGUAAUCAUCCUAAUACUAAGCAGAAAUUUACUCUACUCAGCAUACUUGGGUGAUUUAAUUGGUUAAGGCAUUGUAACUUCGAUUGUAUAGUCGAAUUUAGAGGGAAAAAAAAAA